AUGAAAUGUUUCAGAUGCUUCUACACUCGAGUACACUCUCAUCUUCUUCUCCGAUCUUCCUCCUCUCCGGUAACGGUUCCUGUUCCCCCCGUCCGCCUCCGUUUCCGUCGCCUCUCCUCCAUUUUCGAACCUGUCUCCGAUCAAACCGUCAAUUCAACCUCAGACGAAGUCACAGAGAGACGAAGAAUCGCAAAUGACGCGAGUUUUAGCGGAGAAGAGAAGCCCGAGGAGAAAUCGAGAAAAUCCAAAUCCGGCGGAUUUACGCGGGGAUGGGAUCCAGGGGAAGUAGUGAUGAAUAAGAAGAAAGGUAAAGUGAAAACCUCUUGGGUUUGCGAGAGCUGUGGGCAUUCGGAAGGGCAAUGGUGGGGGAGCUGUCGUGCUUGUAACAAAGUUGGGACCAUGCGGCGUUUCUCCGAAGCUUCCGAGUCUCGUGGAAGUGGUGGUGGAAAUUUUAGUGGCGGCGGCGGCGGCGGCUCGGGUGUUUCGGAAAGUUCUGGUUUGUCGUGGUUGCCUGAGCAAGGAGUGGUGCAGCCGCUCAAAUUGAGCUCUGUGAUUGAUGGAAUUACUCAGCAACAAUGGCGAAUUUCUCUUAGGCCUGGACUUUUUGGGAAUGAAGUUGGGAGAGUGCUUGGUGGUGGUCUUGCUCCAGGUUCCUUGAUUUUGAUUGGUGGUGACCCUGGUAUUGGCAAGAGUACCUUGUUAUUGCAGAUUGCUUCUAUAAUUGCUGAGGGGAAUGAUUCGGCCCAACCAGCACCGGUUUUGUAUGUCUCUGGUGAAGAGAGUGUCGACCAAAUAGGAAGUCGGGCUGACAGGAUGAAAAUUGAAACCGACGAGCUCUACCUAUUUUCUAGCUCUGAUCUUCCAUUUGAUGUUCCUCCCUUGGAUUGA